CGGUGAGCCCCAGGCGCUGGACGUGAGGGCUCUCGGCGACGCCGGCGCGGAACUACAUUUCCCAGAUGGCCGCGGCGGGCGCGCCUGCGCAGUGCGCGCGGUGAUGGAGCGCUAACCGGGGGCGCGGCGGCGGCGAGGGCUCGGCGGGCCAUUGGCUACCGGCCGCGGCACAGGCAGCUUAGGGACUCAGCGUGCGCGGGGCCCGCGGGCCGGGCCGGGGUGACCUGGGCUGCAGCCAUGGAAGAACAGAGGGAGGCCCUGAGGAAGAUCAUCACAACCCUGGCUAUGAAGAAUGAAGAAAUUCAGAGCUUUAUCUAUUCCCUGAAACAGAUGCUGCUGAACGUGGAGGCGAACUCGGCGAAGGUGCAGGAGGACCUCGAAGCAGAGUUCCAGUCCCUCUUCUCCGUCCUGGAGGAGCUGAAAGAAGGCAUGCUUAUGAAGAUAAAACAGGACCGUGCCAGCCGCACCUACGAGCUGCAGAACCAGCUGGCUGCCUGCACGCGGGCCCUGGAGAGCUCCGAGGAGCUUCUGGAGACAGCCAACCAGACCCUCCAGGCCAUGGACAGCGAGGACUUUCCUCAGGCUGCCAAGCAAAUCAAAGACGGAGUGACCAUGGCCCCUGCCUUCCGGCUGUCAUUGAAAGCGAAGGUCAGUGACAACAUGAGUCACCUCAUGGUGGACUUCGCACAAGAGCGGCAGAUGCUACAAGCACUCAAGUUCCUGCCUGUGCCCAGCGCGCCGGUGAUCGACCUGGCUGAGUCCCUGGUGGCAGAUAACUGUGUGAGCCUGGUGUGGCGCAUGCCGGACGAGGACAGCAAGAUUGACCACUACGUGCUGGAGUACCGGCGGACCAACUUCGAGGGCCCGCCCCGUCUCAAGGAGGACCAGCCCUGGAUGGUCAUCGAGGGUAUCCGGCAGACAGAGUACACUCUGACAGGUCUCAAGUUUGACAUGAAAUACAUGAAUUUCCGCGUGAAGGCCUGUAACAAGGCAGUUGCAGGAGAGUUCUCUGAGCCGGUGACUCUGGAGACACCAGCGUUCAUGUUCCGCCUGGAUGCGUCCACAUCCCACCAGAACCUGCGGGUGGAUGAUCUCUCCGUGGAGUGGGACGCUAUGGGCGGGAAGGUGCAGGAUAUCAAGGCUCGCGAGAAAGAUGGCAAGGGGCGGACGGCAUCGCCCAUCAAUUCCCCGGCCAGAGGUACUCCAUCUCCCAAGAGGAUGCCGUCAGGUCGUGGGGGACGGGACCGCUUCACUGCUGAGUCCUACACAGUGCUGGGGGACACGCUGAUCGACGGCGGGGAGCAUUACUGGGAGGUGCGCUACGAGCCGGACAGCAAGGCGUUUGGUGUGGGCGUGGCCUACCGCAGCCUGGGCCGCUUCGAACAACUGGGCAAGACGGCCGCCUCCUGGUGCCUGCAUGUCAACAAUUGGCUGCAGGUCAGCUUCAUGGCCAAGCACGCCAACAAGGUCAAGGUGCUGGACGCCCCCGUGCCCGACUGCCUGGGUGUGCACUGUGACUUCCACCAAGGCCUCCUGUCCUUUUACAACGCCCGCACCAAACAAGUGUUGCACACUUUCAAGACCAGGUUCACACAGCCGCUGCUGCCUGCUUUCACGGUAUGGUGUGGCAGCUUCCAGGUGACAACAGGCCUGCAGGUCCCCAGUUCUGUGCGCUGCCUGCAAAAGCGAGGCAGUGCUACCAGCAGCUCCAACACCAGCCUCACCUAGGCCCCCAGGCACCCACCCAGCUGGGGUGUUUUUGGGGGAGCCGCUGCCAGGCCCAGGCUGGUGGAGCCAGGCACCCUCCUCUGUCAUUUGCUGCUUGGAGCCUUAACUCCGGAUGAGGGGUCACCAAGGGGGAGUGGGCACCCUGGUGGGCCCUCCUUCCCACCUCACCUCUUAAUAAAGGUCAAACACUGGCCAGGC